UGACACCCCUUUUCCCCGCAGAGGAUGCUGCAGCAGGACGGCGCCGCCGCUGCCGUCAAGCGGGAGGAGGACGACUUGGGCAAGUUCGUGGACUUGGACUUCAUCCUGGCGCACACCAGCAGCGGCGGGCAGGGGCCACCCGGCCCCGGCCCCAACUACCCACUGCCCGAGACCCCCGAGAGCUGCGGCACCACCUACGACAGCGACGGCUCCUACUCCACCCCGGGCAAGUACCCGGCGCCUUAUCCCGAGGGCCAGGGCCACAGCUACGUGGCCGAGCUGCUCACCCCGGACCUGCCCGGCCACUGCGACCUGCAACGGCGGGAGUACACGGAGCUGCGGGUGCCCGGAGGACCCUCUCACCACCACCCCCAUCACCACCCGCCCCUCCACCCGGCUCUGGCCCGCCCGCUGCCCCUGGACCCCGCGCAGCCCUUCGGGUCCCGCAUCAAGAAGGAGCAACCGGAGGAUCGCGCCUGCAUGCUGGGGCUGCCCGCCGCCGACUACCUGGGGCCGGGCGGUGGCGAGCACAAGCCACGCGUAGCGCCGGGUCCCGGACCGGGAUCGGUGCCGGGGCCACCGCUGCCCUACCCGGGCUUCGCCCACGGCCGCCUGGGUCCCCCCGAGGAGCCGCUGCCCGGCGCCGACCCCCAUCUCCUGGCCGACCUGCCGCCCCACUACGCCGUGGCCCCGCACCGCUACGCGCCCCACUUCGCCCCCCAACCGCCGCCGCAGUUUCAUGGACACUUCAGUGUUUUCAGGGAGCCCCUGAAGGGGCCGGGGCCGGCGGGGUUGCCCGGGCUGCUGGUCACGCCGCCCAACUCCCCGGUGCUGGAGUACUUCCCGGCCGGAGCCCCCCCCGAGGACUGCAAGCCCAAGCGCGGCCGCCGUUCGUGGGCGCGUAAGCGGACGGCCACGCACAACUGUGAAUACCCGGGCUGCGGCAAGACCUACACCAAGAGCUCCCACCUCAAGGCGCACAUGCGGACCCACACGGGCGAGAAGCCCUACCACUGCACCUGGGAAGGCUGUGGCUGGAAAUUUGCCCGCUCCGAUGAGCUGACCCGCCACUACCGCAAGCACACGGGGCACCGGCCCUUCCAGUGCCACCUCUGCGAGCGGGCCUUCUCCCGCUCCGACCACCUCGCCCUCCACAUGAAGCGGCACAUGUGAGCGGCAGGCUGGGGCUGGACGCGCUGUCCCUGGAGCCAGCUCACCGUGUAAAUAGCGUGGGGCUGGGGAUGGCACCGGGGAGCAGCCCGGCCGCCCAGCCCUCUCCGCUUGUAGCUGAUAAAUAGUUUUCUCCUCCUGCCCUUGCUGUGAGAGCUGGGCCCGGCCGAGUGGUGGGGAAGGGCUGCUUUUGGGGUGUAGAUGGGGGAGCAAAGCUGCAAGAAGUGUCUCUAGCCCCUGCUCGGGUACCACCACUCAGCUCUCCACACCUGGAGCGUUUCCCCCCCCCACCAGCCUGGUGAGUGACGAGGCUGGUGCAGCAAGGAUCUGUCCCCAGAGCUCCUGGCUUGUAUUUGGCAUGAGCUUAAAACCCUUCCUCCUCCCCUGAUCUUGGCAUCCCCCUGGCUCCAGGGACUCUGGGGGCAGACUUUGGCCAGAGACCUGCGCCCACUGAAUGUGUGGGUUGCAGCACUGGGAAGUGGAUUGCUAGUCUUCUUGGUUGUGGCCAUCAGAACAAACCUCCUGACCCAAAAGCCCAGGCUGGAUGGGGCGAAGGUGGGACCUGACUGUGGCUCAUGGCUAUAAAGGUUUGCAGGGGUUGGCAGCGCAGUGUCACCUUGCAAAGGGAGCAGGGAUGCUCCCAUUGCCAGCUUGGGACCCUGAUGGGAGUCCCGUCCUGGCCAUUCCCACAGUUUUCUGCUCAGGAGUCUACAAUGGCUCUCCUGGCUCUUGUCUGCUUUCAUUUGUCAUGUUCUUCCCCUCAGGAUGACACCAGGUACUGCUGCAGCUGCCUUCCCCGUGCUGCUUCUUAAUAUUUAGUGUGUAAAGGACAGUGAGUCCAGCUAUGAAUGCCCAGGUCUCUGCUAUACUUGAAACUUUCGUAGAGGGAUAAAAAAAAAAAAGAAAGAGAAAACUCAAAAGAAAAUGAGUCUUUUUAUGUGCAGCUUCUGCAAAGCAAGUUGUAAAUUAAACAAAGCAGUAAUAUAUAAUGUUUCUGGUUUUUUAAUAUAUUUUUUUCUUCCAGCUGGGAACACAGAUGAGUCUCGGCUUUGGGAAGUGCACUGUUCCCGUCUGUGUAUAUUGUUAAUUAACAUUUCUCUGCUUGGGCACGUUAGGUCUCUUGCACUCCGAAAUGUUACUUUUCUUUAUAUGCAAACUGUUGAAAUAUUGUGAUCUGCUGUAUAAUAAAUAAACAAAAUGUAAACAUGAAA